AAAACACUGAGAAAAGCAUUACCCCGUACGUACGUCGAUCGGUCAAUUCAUCUGUCUUCUUGGAGCACCGCAAACUCUGCUUUGAUGGGCCUGAAAGUCGAAAUCACUUCCACCGAAUCGAUCAAGCCGUCUUCUCCCACCCCUCACCACCUCCGAACCCACAACCUCACCAUUCUCGAUCAAACCGCACCGUCUUGCUACGUCCCGCUCUGCCUCUUCUUCUAUCCCCACACUUCUUCUUCUUCUUCUUCUUCUUCUUCUUCGUUUCUCGAGAGCCUCAAGGGUUCCCUCGCCAACACCCUCAACGUCUACCACCCGCUCGCGGGCCGGUACAGAGACGCCUUCGCCGUCGACUGCAACGACGCCGGGGCCGAAUUCGUCAACGCCCGCGUCGUCGCCGGCUCCAUGUCCGACGUCGUCCGGCAAGCGCCGGACGACGACGUUUUGGUGCCGCUGCUCCCGUGCCGCCCGCGUGGCCGACACGUGGACUCGGAGGGCGAGCUGGUGCUCCUGGCUGUCCAGGUCAGCUUUUUCGACGGAGGAGGGGUGAGCAUCGGGGUGUGCGUGUGGCACGGGCUCGCCGAUGCCUGCACGCUCGCCUGCUUUCUCGCCACGUGGAGCGGAUUCGCGACGCAAUAUUCCGGGGGCCGCACCAUCAGCGAAGGAAACGACGCCGUUGUUGAGGAUUGCACUGCCGUGUUUCCUCCCGCGGACCUUUCGUUACACGGCGAAUGCAUGGAGAGGUUUCGAGCGGCGGUGGCCACUCCCGGCACGAGAACCAAGAGGUUCGUGUUCGACGGCGGCAAGAUCGCGGCUCUCAGGCGGGGAAUCGAGGAGAGCAGCUGGCGGCGGCGGCUAGUUGCGGAGCCAGAAUUUGAAAUCAGUGAAAAGAUACCCUUACGUCACGUUAAAUUGCAACAGCCGACGCGCGUGACGGCAGUAGCAGCGGUCAUUUGGGCAGCGGCCAUCAAGAUAGCAAGAGACAACAAGAAGAAGAAGAGCCGACGCGAUGACGUUCACAUAGCUGCGAUGGCGACCAACUUGAGGCCGAGGAUGAACCCGGGUUUCGCGGAGCACGUGAUGGGCAACCUCGUACAGAUCCCGGUCUUCGCGGAGUGGCCGCUAAACGACGAGGCGGCGGUGGAGAAUGCGGCCGAGCACGGGCGCGGUGGCUACUACGGGGCUCUGGCCGGGAAGCUGAGGGAGUCGGUGAGGAAUGUGACCGACGAGAGCGUGAGGAAGGCGGCGGUGGCGGGGAGCGGGGGGUCGCCGUCGUCGUUUUUGGGCGGGUUGAUGAGGCGUUUCGUGGAGGCGCACGACGGAGGGAAUCUGCUGGUGAUAAGCAGUUGGUGUCGGUUCCCGUUCUACGAGGUGGAUUUUGGGGUGGGGAAGCCCAGCUGGAUCUGUACCUUCACCAUGAGUCAUAACCUGGCGGUGCUGAUGGAUGCGAAGGACGGGGAAGGGAUUGAAGCGUGGGUUACGUUGAGCGCCGACGAGAUGUCGGAAUUCGAGAACGAUGCCGGGAUGCUUCAAUAUGCCACCUCAUCCUCCAAUGGUGUGGGCGUGCAUGAUUGCGAUGUAAAUUAAUAUAUAAAAGUUCUGGUCCUAAGUUAUUAUUUAUUAGUGGCUCUCACGCUUCUUCAAGAUCUUUCUUUUAUCUCACACUACAUUCUACAACCAUUGUGUUUAGCUAUUGUUCGGUAGCUAGGUUUACAUCUAUUGUCGAUUAUUGUGUUUCCCACAACAAUUAUUGCCUACUAGGUUUUUUCAGCUCCCUAUUGGAGCAACUAUCCACUAGGUUUUCGUCUAUGACUUUUUGCACAAAUCAUCGUCUUUGCGAAUGAGUAGUUAUUUAAUAACAGCUAUAUUGUAUUAUUUACUAGACUAUAUUAGUAUUUUAGUUACAAUGCAAUUUGAUUGUGUAGGCUGCUAUUAGAAUUUAGAACCAGACAUUUGGCAUGGACAAGAAAUUUCCUUCCGGCCGGCAAUCUCUUCCUGCAACCAAGAAUUAAUGUUAUGACCCGCGGGGGCAAAGUGAUGUUAUAACAAAUUCAACUCAUAUCAAC